AUGAAAGAAAAAAAAAUUUUUACUUGUGAUAUUAAGAUUGUUAAUUAUGAGGAACAAUCUAGUGGAAAAUUAGGAAGUUUUAAAAUUUGGGGCAAAACAUCAAAUAAUGUUUAUUGGGCUUAUGAUUUAAAAAGAGGUCUCCCUGGAAAUAAGGAAGGGAAAGGAAAUGUUAUUGUAGACUCUGAAGAUGGUGUUAAAAAAGGAUUUACAGUUGAAAAUGCAGAUGCUUUUCUUCGAGCACUUCGAAAUGUAUGUGGAUUCAAUUUGAUAAUAGUAGACAAUUUAAAUGUUUAA